CUCUGUGAGCGGGCGUUCAUCCCCCUGCAGGUGCCUGGAUCUCUGCAGCUCCUGCUCAUUGCUACGACAGUGGCUGCACGUGGUCAGGGCUGUGCUUGAGAACUGCCACGGGAAGAGUCAUCCUCCUCCUCCUCCUCCUCCAAGGGUCUCACCUCGUCAGCUGGAGAGGUGACUGAGGCUUGGUUGCCUGCUUCCACCAAAGAUAGCAUCCAUCUCAGCCCCGUGCUACUCCCUAAGGUGGUAAUGUCCUCAUCAUCCUCUUCAGAGCUGGAGAUGGAGAUCUUCCAGUACAUUGAUGGACAUCAAAGUGAUUUCAUCAAGGAUCUUAAGGAAUGGGUGGCUGUGCAAAGUGAUUCUGUUCAACCAGAUCUGAGGAAAGAAGUAAUACGAAUGAUGGUGUUGGCAGCAGACAGACUUGCAGCGCUGGGAGCCACUGUUAAUUCAGUAAACCUGGGGUCACAUCAGUUGCCUGAUGGUCAGGACCUCCCACUGCCUCCUGUGAUUCUUGGGGAACUGGGGAAGGAUCCACAAAACCCCACUGUAUGUUUCUACGGUCACGUGGAUGUGCAGCCUGCCAAAAAGGAAGAUGGCUGGAAAACUGACCCUUACACGCUGACUGAAAUCGAUGGAAAUCUCUAUGGGCGUGGAGCAACAGAUAAUAAAGGACCUGUCCUAGCUUGGAUAAAUGCAGUGGAAACAUUUAGAGCUUUGAAAUUAGCUAUGCCAGUGAACUUCAAGUUUGUAAUUGAAGGCAUGGAAGAAGCAGGGUCCUUGGGGCUAGAAAAGUUACUCGAAGAAGAAAACCAGUGCUUUUUCUCUGAUGUUGAUUAUAUUGUGAUUUCGGACAACGUCUGGCUCAGCAACAAGAAGCCUGCCCUUACCUAUGGGAGUCGGGGAAAUGCCUGCUUCUUUGUGGAGGUUGAAUGUGGCGGGAAGGACCUUCACUCUGGAACUUUUGGAGGCAUCAUUCAUGAGCCGCUGACGGACCUGAUAGCUCUGCUGGACAGCCUUGUGGAUCCCACAGGUCAUAUUCAGAUCCCUGGAAUCUACGACAGCGUUGCUGCCCUGACAGAAAAGGAGAGGAAAUUAUAUGAAUCGAUUGAAUUUGAUCUAGAGGAACAUAAAAAGAAUAGUGGCGUGAAAAAAUUCCUCUAUGGCACCAAGGAAGAAAUACUUCUACACCUGUGGCAUUACCCUUCUCUCUCUAUUCAUGGGAUUGAAGGAGCUUUUCAUGAACCAGGAAUUAAAACAGUCAUUCCGGCAAAAGUCAUUGGCAAAUUCUCAAUCCGUCAGGUCCCCCACAUGGACCUUUCGGUUGUGAAACAACAGGUGGUGGAGCACUUGGAGGGUGUCUUUUCCAGGAGGAACAGUCCAAACAAACUGAAAGUGUCUAUGCCUUUGGGUGCAAAGCCCUGGCUUGCUGAUGUUAAUGAUCCACUAUAUAAAGCAGCAAGAAGGGCAAUAAAAAAAGUUUUUGGAGAAGAUCCAGAUUUUAUUCGGGAUGGUUCAACAGUUCCUGUUGCCAGAAUGUUUCAGACCAUAACGCAGAAAAGUGUGAUCAUGUUUCCGAUCGGAGCAGCCGAUGAUGGGGAGCACUCCCAGAAUGAAAAAAUAAGCAGACACAACUACAUUGAAGGAACCAAAGUGUUUGCAGUGUUUUUCCUGGAGAUAUCAAAGCUACAUCAGCACUUACAUGAAACUUCCAACACGGAGAUUAAGAACUGACAGACCACCACAACAAAAUCAGCAAAGCACUUUUUUAGUCUUAGGCUUUCUAACUUCCCGAUCUGGAAAAACAUAUAAAUUACAUAUUCAGUGGGUCUGAAUUGGUGGAAAAAAUAAAUGCCAUGCUAUUAAUUGGCAUACUACUAAAUGGCAUGCAUCUGUGAUCCAGUCAAUCAAGUGAUCUUAUCCCUAAUGCUAUAAAAUAGGCUUAGGGACAAUUCAUUCUUGUUGAGUGGAAUAUGUUACAUUUUAGUUUUAAAAUUCAGGGCAAAGGAAAUUUUUGCAUUUAUUUUAUUAAAAUUACUUUAUUUCUGUUUUGUAGUAUCACCAUGUUCAUGCUGCCUAGCUCGUAUUCCAGUUUCUGAAUAUGAGCAAUACACAACCCUGUAGUUUCCUCUUAACUACAUACAAAAUUUCAUUAUGUAAUUGUCUGAAGAAAGACCCACUAUCAAGUUAAUCUCUUCCCUGUCCUUCACGGAAGGCUGUAAAUAGGAAAUGCAGUACAAUUAGCUUGCUGAAUUUGAUGUGAAGACUUGCCUAUGAACAUCCAUUUAUGGGAAUAAUCACUGAGGUCAAUAGAACUGCAAUAGUAAAUAAACAUUUCCAGGUCUGGAUUCUGCUUUGUCCCCCCAUUUAGUCCAAAUCUGCUCUAAUUGUGCUGUAAGCACAGUUUUAGGAAUCACUACAUAAUAUGUUUCCUUCGUGUGACUUUCUUUUUGUACAAUAGAAAAAAGUUUUUGUAAACAUCUGUUCCAGCCAAAGUCUGUCAUCAGAAGGGCAUUUUUCCACCCAAUUAGCAACUGGUUGUUGUUAAUUACUUUUAAAGCAUCAGUUUACAUUGUUCUAAUUAUCAGAGGCAAAUGAUAUAUUUUGAAAUGAAAACAAUAGUUGAGAGCUCUGUUUGCUGUUUAGGCAAAACACCUACUACAAAUCACACAACUCAAAUCUGUAUUUUUUUAAUUUCAAAAUGUGAUUUUUACCAUAACACAUAGUUAAUUUGUGCAACCAAAACAACUGAACCAGAUUUAACCAAAAACUUAGUAGUGUUAUCCCUACUGCUAAAACAAAUUACAUGAAUUAAAUUACAGAAAGUAGUUGCUAUCUUUCUUUUCUCUCCUGCUAUCUCCCUGCAAGAAUAAAGGUGACUAAGAGCAUAA